CAGAUUUGUAAUAUGGCGGCGGCCACCCGGCUGUGCUGUGUCCUCCGCUUCUCAUUAGGAGGUGUCAGGAGUUGUGGGGCGCUCGGGGGCACCGCCUCGUUUUCAGCCCUGACUCGACCCGGUGCCGCCCAGAUUUGCCCGGAUGCCGCUGCUGUUUCCUUUGUUCCAACCUUCUGGACUCAGACUCGCCAUUCCAGCUUCUUCAACAAACUGACGGCGGAUGAGUUAUGGCGGGGUGUGCUAGCCGAGAGCGGUGCAGGAUCCAGGAAGGGUCGAGGGAAGAGAACCAAACGCAAGAUGAAGAAAGAUCUAAACCGAGGACAGAGCAUCGGAGAGGGGCGUGGUGGGUUCCUCUGGCCCGGUCUGAACGUCCCCAUAAUUAAAAGUGGAACCAUCCAGUCGUUCUCCAAGCGCGGGGAGGCGGAGCAACAGGAGCUGAGGGCGGAGCUGGAGCGCCAGCGGGACGAGUGGGACAGGAGGAGGAAGAUGAGGAUCAAGAGAGAGAGGGGCUGGUCCGGGAACUGCUGGGGGGGGAUCAGUCUCGGGCCCCCGGACCCGGGCCCUAAUGGAGAGACGUAUGAGGACUUUGACUGUCGUGUUAUUGAGGUAAAGAGUGUGUUCAACAUGACCGCCAAAGAGGGCCGGAAGAGGUCGAUCAGCGCCCUCAUCGCCGUGGGGAACGGCAACGGAGCCGCGGGAUUCGCUUUGGGCAAAGCAGCAGAUCGAACCACGGCCCUGAGGAAGGCCAAGAACAGAGCCAUGCACUACCUCUACUUCAUCGAGAGGUUCAACAACCACACCAUUUAUCACGAUAUCGAAUCCACGUUCAAGAGGACGACGCUGCGCAUGAAGAAACAGAACCAAGGUUACGGACUGCACUGUCACAGGGCGGUUAUAACCAUCUGUAAGCUGAUCGGUGUACAGGACAUGUACGCCAAAGUGGAGGGUUCGGUCAAUCUGCUCAACAUCACCCGCGCCCUCUUCACCGGACUGGCCAGUCAGGAGACGCACCAGGCGCUGGCGGACAGGAAGCAGCUGAACGUGGUGGAGUUCAGCGGCGAGCGCGGCCCCCUGCCCCUGGUCGUGGCCCGGCCGCAGCAGGGGGCCCGGGGCGACCCCGAGGUGGAGGACGAGGUUCCCAGCACCAAGCUGCACUGGGCCGACGUUCAGGCCGCGCAGGGCAUGAAGCGCUCGGUGUGGGCCGGCGUCAAGAGAACCAUCUGGUGAAAAGAACGACCGGCAUGAGGAAGAACAGAACACGACCCGAGCUUUGGUGCCAGGUUGCUUGGGCACCAGGUGGCGCAGCUCACACUGUUGUUGUCAUAGAAAUGGAAUAAAUGUUCUAAACGUC